GAGUCUACUUACACCGUAAGGGACGAAAUGGUGCCGGUUGAAGGAGGAAGCAUUCUGGUCCGUCUCACCACUCCUUGCGUCGCCGAGGAGGCAGAAAACUUCCCAUUGUUCUUCAACAUUCACGGAGGAUGUGGAUGCGUCGGGACCGUGAAUACCGAAGACUAUAUGUUGCGCCGGCUCACCGUGAACUUCAAAAUGGUCACCGUGAACGCCGAUUAUCGUCUUGCGCCGGAACAUCCUUUUCCUACCGGCCUCAACGAUUGUCUCGCUGCGCUGAAAUGGGUUGUCCAGAACGUCGCAUCCCUGAAAGCCGACUUGGAGAAAGGGUUCAUUGUCGGCGGACAUUCCGCCGGGGCGAUGUUGUCUGCAGCUCUGGCGCACGAGGCGCGCGACGAUCCGCUGUUCCGGAGCACCCCCAUCACUGGCCAGCUUCUUCGCGAGCCGAUCGUCGUGACCCCUCAGGUCGUGCCAGAACGG